CUUCGUGGAAAGGCAGGGAAGGCCCCUGAAAAAGCCCUAUGCCUGGCAUCAUCAUCAGCAACAGCAGCAGAGCAACGUGGGUUAGGAAGCCCCCAUCAGUCCCUCUAAUGGGCGCCAUGAAAGUAGUGGCUCUAAUCAGUGGUGGGAAAGACAGCUGUUACAAUAUGAUGCAGUGUGUUGCAGCUGGGCAUCAGAUUGUUGCCUUAGCCAAUUUAAGGCCUGCUGAAAACAAAGAGGGUGUGGAUGAGCUGGACAGUUAUAUGUAUCAGACAGUAGGACACCAUGCUAUAGACAUAUAUUCUGAAGCAAUGGGUUUGCCUCUUUAUCGACACACAAUUAAGGGUGCCAGUGUGGACACUGGCAGAAUAUAUACCAGGUGUGAAGGGGAUGAAGUUGAAGACCUUUAUCAUCUUCUGAAACUUGUUAAGGAUAAAGAAAAUGUGGAUGCUGUUUCAGUAGGGGCCAUUCUGUCAGACUAUCAGAGAGUCCGUGUGGAAGAUGUGUGCAAGAGGCUUGCCUUGCAGCCUUUAGCUUAUCUUUGGCGUCAGGAUCAAGAAACGUUGCUCAAAGAAAUGAUAUCAUCAAACAUUCAAGCUAUAAUCAUAAAAGUAGCAGCUUUUGGUUUAGUUCCAGAUAAACAUCUAGGAAAAACACUGGAUGAAAUGGAACCUUAUCUUUUGGAACUUUCUAAGAAGUAUGGAGUCCAUAUCUGUGGAGAAGGUGGAGAAUAUGAAACAUUCACAUUGGACUGCCCUCUGUUUAAGAAGAAAAUAGUUUUGGAUUCAUCAGAAGUGGUUGUGCAUUCAGCAGAUGCAUUUGCACCAGUGGCUUACCUUCGUCUAUUAAAAUUGCAUUUAGAAGAUAAGGCAAGUACAACGGUGACAUUUUCUGGCAAAUCCCUGACUGGGAGCUGUUCCUGUGAGAUAGAAGAGUUUGAAGAUAAUGUCUGGCCUUCAUUGGAGGAGCAAAAUGAAAAUCUUUGCAUCACCUGGUACUCUUCUGGGCCUACUUUUCAGAAGUCCAGUAAGACAUUUGAAUGCUCAGGAAAGUCUCUGAAAGGUUACCAGUGGAUAACAAGCAUCACUGCUCGCCUGCAUCCAUCUGAAGGAGAUAGUGUACAAGAAUCAGCUAAAGAAGUCUUUUCAUUACUCCGAGUUCAUCUGAAUUCAAAAGGAUUGGAAUUGACAGAUAUUAUUUUGGUCCAUCUGUAUAUGAAGAGCAUGAAAGAUUUUGCUGUGAUAAAUUCAGUCUAUAUGACAGCAUUUGAUUUGUGUCCCCCAGCAAGAGUAUGCUUAGAAGCUCCCUUGCCUGAAGGAAUGAUGUUUCAAAUGGACUGUCUUGCACAUAAGUAUGGUGAGAUGGUUGGUGAUGUACCCUGCUAUCAGAAGCAAGUUAUGCACAUCCAGAGUAUCUCUCAUUGGGCCCCUGCCAACAUUGGACCUUACAGUCAAUGUAUACAGAUUGGAGAUGUUCUGUACUGUGCUGGGCAGAUUGCAUUAGUGCCAUGUACUAUGCAGCUUACAAAUGCUGGUGUGGAAGCUGAGGCUUUGCUUUCCUUAAACCACGUUGAAAAAGUCCUGAAAGCCAUGAGCCACGGUGCUGAACUCCACCAUAUCCUUAUGGCAAACUGUUAUGUAACUGACUACAAAUAUAUUUCUGUUGCUCAAGCUGCAUGGCAGAAGAAAUUAAGAGAACUCAAACAGGCUGAAGAUGAAGACAUGAAUGAACCAGCAACAUACGGAGAAGUAGCUGUAGUUGUGGUGCCUUUCCUCCCUAGAGCUGCAUCUGUUGAAUGGCAUGUCAUUGCAGUAGUAGACAAGCAACAGCAAAGAGAAAAGCUUGUGCUGAUGAGGUCAUUGGAAAGCUGCCAAAUUAAAUGUGAAGCUGUACAGUCCCAUCCAACCUGCACUACAGCUGUUGCCAUAUCCUUGACCCUGACUUCACCAUCACCUUCUAUGAUCAAUUUAGACAGAGUCCUACAUGACAUGGUGGCAAUGUUUAAGCAAACUAUUGAGAAGUUGUCAGGAGCCUGCAACACAACCCCUCUGGGCUUUAGAACUUUCUAUCAGAGGAAUAUUAUUGAAAUGGAAGCACUGAAAGCAGGACUCCAAGGACAUCUUGAAGAGCAAAUGGGCAAGCAAGCACCAGCAUUAGUUCUGGUACCUGUGAUAGAUUUGCCUGGCAAAAAAAUUAUUCAUGUAUCCUGUUGGGUGAGCCCUUAGCCAAGGAAGCAUGUACAAUUAGUAUGUUCAUUUCUCUAAGAUAAAGAAACUGUCACAUGGAUUUAGUGAAGGUAUACGUGCUUCUGCAUUGUCUGAUAUUAACAAACAUUGCUACACCUGUAACCUUUGUCAAAAAUUAAUCUCUUCCCAGCUUUUUCAGAAUUUUGGAAUUUUACCAGCAUCUGACAGAGAAGUGGGAAGUGAUCUCAGUAACUCCUGAAUCUUUAUGACCUUGUGUUUAUAUACCAAAAUCACACUGAGAAAUAGGACGAUGCUUCAUUUUUUAAUGUAUUCUUCACAGGUAACUGUCAUCAAAAUCUCCUUCUACCAGCAAGCACAGCUCUUCUUAUUUCAACAUACUCUUGGCUAUUAACUGGUUGUUGCAGAGUGGGAGGAACUGUAAUUUUAUUCACAUUACUAUGUUUCACAUACUUUUAAACAGUCUUAACUGAUGCUGUUUGAAAUGGAAUAGCUUAUUUCAUUAUUAUUUUUUUAUUAUUUUUAUAAUAAUGAUUGUUUUAGCUGUAUUUUUUUUUAAAAAUCUACAUUGUGAGUUGCCUUGGAUUCCACACUGUGUGAAAGGCAAAACAUAAAUAAAAUAAGCUGAAAAAAUCCUUCCUUAUUAUUAUAUUUCUCCUAGUAACUUUAGGACAGAUUGUCAAUGUUGCCUUUAGUAGUAAUUCUCUAUAUUGGUCUUGGGGGGAGGGGGUGGUAUUUGUGUGUUUCUUUGUAGAUCAAGUCUUAUUCCAAGAGGAUGAGUAACUAAGGCGUGUUUCAGACCGCCCCUUUGGGGCGGCCUGUAGGCGCUCCUUUCCCCGCCGGAUCAGGGCCUCAGCUGCCAGAACGGCAGCCUCUGGGGCCCCAAUCCGCUACUUUCCAGGC